GCGCAGCCCACGUAACGGAACCUCAACAAGGCGGAGGAACCAAGGGCUGCGCUGUCCCUUCGGGUCCCUGGGACUCACGUGGGCCCAUAACAGGCGACCUGGGUUAGAGAGAGAUCGAAAGCCGAGAUGAGUGAAUAUCUAAGAUCAUCGGUGAGGAAAUAUAAUGUUCGUCAUCGGUUACCGAACCCAGCAAAGGCCGUCCUGAUGGUGAUUGAUAUGCAAGAGUAUUUCCGGGGGAUGGCGGAACCUAUACUUCCAGAAAUUAAGCGGAUGAUUGCCUCGUGUCACUCGGCCGGGGUGCCGAUCGUCUACACGUACAACUGUCACUCUGAUCCUCAUGACCCACAAGAUGGGAGGAUGCUAGCGGAGUGGUGGGGUUCCGACUCUGUCAUGAUGGAAGGGACCAAGGAUGUUGAGAUUAUGCCUGAGGUGGCGAGCACUCGACAGCCGUCGGAUCUCUUGAUUCGGAAGCGCGGAUAUAGCUCUUUCGUAAGGACUGACGUGGACCUGGAGAAGAUGUUGAGAGAAUGGAAGAGGGAGGAGGUGAUUGUGUGCGGCGUAAUGACCAAUCUCUGCUGCGAGACUGCAGCAAGAGAAGCUUUCGUCCGAGGAUUUCGCGUGUUCUUCUCCAUCGAUGGGACUGCCACGUCGAACGACGACCUCCACAUCAGCACCCUCAAAAAUCUUGCUCACGGAUUCGCUUAUCUUGUCAACGCGGCACAGGUGGAGAAAGCUUGUGCUGCUGCUGCCGCUCUUGCUUCUGCGACGUAAUGGAUUCAUGAGUUCCUGUCAACGUGGCCCAGCUGUCUUAUCUCCACCCCUGCAAUGACAUGUCAGCACCCUCAAGAAUCUGGGCUGGGUUGGAGGUGGAGGGGGAGGGAUACUUUUGUACAGUAGUCCAUUUCAAUGAUUUCACAUAGGGUGCAAGGCCCCAUGAGUCUCUUUUUUUUUGAAAUAACUAAGGCGCAGUCAGGGUUUCAAGUCUGAAAUGCAGUCUUGGCAAAAGGCCAGAAAAUGUUGAACGUAUACAAGCCAGGAUUCGGGUCUGGUACGGUCACGUGGGAGUGCGUUAUUUUCGAGGGAAUGACUGACGGAAGUGCAUUUAAAACUCCUGUGGUGCAAACCUACCCCGUGGGCUGGGGAGAGUUCCGGGUUGGUUGGUGUUCCCGGUACUAUACAUACAUAUUACAUGGACUAGUGAGAGGAUGAGAUAGAUGAGAAAGAUGAGUACAUAGAUAGAUUGAGAGAAGAAUAUAGCUUAGUUAAGAAAAAUAAAAAUUAAAAAAACUUGAAAUUGUGACUGCUCUGUAGUUACCUCUGUUUUUUUUUUUUUUUUUUUUUUUUUGCCCUGAAGAACAUCAGAGCGCACAGCUACUAUCCUACUGCAAUGACUUGCUGAUUUCUGCUGCCGAGAGUAACUGCGAGGCUGUACACUAACCGGUAGGUUAGUUUUGUAAUUUUGUUUGGCUGAGGGCUAACCGAGAGACCAGCCUGUGAGGAAAUUCGUGAGGGACAGAUCUGUAAAUCCGGGGAAAAUACAGGCCCGGUACUAACCCGAAUUCCUACAGCUACCCUAAUUGCCUAUCGCAGGCCCGGGCUACCCCUAGGACAGACAGGCCCUAAGUGACCUAUUCUGGUAGACGGUCCUAUAGCCUAUAGCCGGGUCCUGUAGAGGCCGAGAGGCCGAAACAGCAACGGUACCAAUCAGUCAGUCAGUCCGGUCUAGGUCUAGGUUAGACUAGUGAGUCUAUAGGUAGGGGAGGGACACCGAUUCAGGACUUUUGGCAAUUCAUUUUCGCGAAGCAGCGUUGGUGGCCAAGGAAGUUCUGCAGCGCUGAAGAUCCGAGCGGCACCCCGGACUUCAGCUUGGUGGUGACAGCCGUAGCUGGCCCCAGAGAGUCUGCCAGAGCUGGGGCACUCUCAACGCAUCUACCCCUGGGGGUAUCUGCCUGCGGCAGGGCUAUCUGACGCUCUUCAUAGUGUAUAGGUGGAUGCUGUUGCUGGCGCCCUACUUCGCAGGGCUUCUGUAGCAGCUCGGCAGCCAUAGCUUCCUUCUCCUUCGUAAGAGUGACUCAUCGGCACUGAGGAUUACAUCGCAGUUCAUGAUCUGCAUCUUGGUGGUUGGUGCUGGCCUCGGGGAGGCUGUUUCAGUGUAGCGCUUGUCUCUGAGAGUGGGAUAGUGGGUGUGGUGUGUGAUAUUGAGGUGGCGAGACACUGGGUUAAACUCUG